AUGUCGGCGUGCCCGGGCCCGGGGAUGCUCUGGUUCUGGCUGUGCUGGGCACUGGCGGUCCGGGCGGCGGAGCGGCUGCAGCGGGGGAUGAAUGAGAAGCUGUGGAGCUGCUCUAGCCUGCAGCUGGAGCUGAUGGACUGCAGCUUACCUGGUGUAGAAGCUGGGGAGACAAGUCCCACCAUUGCUCUUCUUAUAUCAGGGUCCUUAGCUGUGUGUCUCAAACUUUCUCACCUUGUCACAUCAGAAUCAUAUGUGAUUGUCCUCAAAAAGCUGGAUGUGAAUGAGUGCACCACGGAGAACGGUGGCUGUCAGAACCAGUGCUGUAAUACCAUUGGCAGCUACCACUGCAAAUGUCCAGUGGGCCAGAAACUGGAGGAAGAUGGAAAAUCAUGUGGAGAUGUGGAUGAGUGCACAGUGGUGAAUGGUGGCUGCCAGCAAGUCUGUGUCAACAUUCCUGGCUCCUUCCACUGCCAGUGCCAGGCAGGAUACAGGCUCCAUGCUGAUGGACGCACCUGCAUAGCUGUCAAUCCCUGCAGUGUUAACAAUGGGGGCUGUGAGCAGGAGUGUGUUCAGCUUGGUGAAGACCAAUACAAGUGCCAGUGCCAGCCAGGCUACCAGCUGAAGAGGGAUGCCAAAUCCUGUGAAGACAUUGAUGAGUGUGCAGAAGGGAGAGCCAGGUGUGCUCAUCGCUGUGUGAACACUCUGGGAUCCUUCACCUGUGUCUGUAAUCCUGGUUUUGAGCUGGGGGCUGAUGGAAAGCAGUGCUACCGCAUCGAGAUGGAAAUUGUCAACAGCUGCCAGGACAGCAACGGUGGCUGCUCUCACCGCUGCCAGCACACGGCGGCGGGGCCGCGCUGCUCCUGCCCCGACGGCUAUCGCCUCGAUUUGGAUGGCAAAACGUGUGCAGAGCUGGACGAGUGUGAGACUGGGGAUUCCUGCUGCUCCCAGUUCUGCAUCAACUACGCGGGUGGCUACGACUGCGCCUGCAGAGCGGGGUUCCAGCUCAACGCUGAUGGCUGUGCCUGUGAUGAUGUGGAUGAAUGUCUUGUUGAGAAUGGCAACUGUGACCAUUUCUGUGUGAAUUCUCUGGGGUCAUAUGAAUGUGCAUGUAAGGAGGGUUACAGGCUUGGUGUUAACAGACAGUCCUGCAUCAGUGGAGAGGAGGCGGAUGCAGAAGAGGCAGCGGGGUUUGCUGGGGCUCCAGGGCUGCAGUUCAGAGGUCCCCCCCAGCUCCUUCACUAUGCUCUUGGUUCCCUCUAUGAGGAUGAAGACUCUCGAGGAGAACUCACUCUGGUGCACAGGGUCGUUUGCCUGGAUAACACUUUUGGCAACGACUGCAGCCUGAGCUGUAAGGACUGUCUGAAUGGUGGCAGCUGUAACCAAGAAGGCAGUGGCUGUGUGUGCUCACCUGGGUGGACUGGCAUUAUCUGUAAUGAGACUUGUUCCCCUGGGACCUACGGCAGAGCCUGCGCCAGCGUUUGCCAGUGCCAGAACGGAGGCUCCUGCGAGCCGGUGUCAGGGCAGUGCCUCUGCCCCCCUGGAGUGCAGGGACAGCUCUGCCAGGAUGGUUGCCCAAAAGGCUUUUUUGGGAAGAACUGUAACAAACCAUGCAACUGUGCCAACAAUGGCUACUGCCACAGACUGUAUGGAGCCUGCCUCUGCGACCCCGGGCUCUACGGCCGCUUCUGCCACCUUGCCUGUCCCAGGUGGGCCUUUGGAGCUGGCUGCUCAGAGGAGUGUCAGUGUGUGAAAAAGAACACACUGGAAUGCAGCUCAAGGAAUGGGACCUGCACCUGCAAGCCUGGUUAUCAUGGCAAAAAGUGUCAGAAAGGCAGAGGUGCAGCUGUGGAGGAGCACCAUGCAAUCCAGAGACAGGGCAGUGUAUUUGCCCAGCUGGGAAGACUGGUGCUACGUGUGAGCAAGAUUGCCCAGCUGGUUGGUGGGGACCAGACUGCCAGUCCUCCUGUGAGCCCUGUGCCAACGGGGGCCAAUGCAACAGAGAAACUGGAGCCUGUGACUGCCCCCCUGGCUACACUGGGGCAUCCUGCUCUGUGUCCUGCCCUGAUGGUUAUUAUGGACAAAACUGCCUGCUGUCCUGCAGCUGUAGCAGCAGUGCUCAGUGCCACCACGUCACCGGAGAGUGCUCGUGUCCCCCAGGCUGGACUGGCCCUGACUGCAAACACCGUAAGUGAAAAGCAUGUUUGCUCCACAGGGAAAUCUCCCAGAGACUUGACCUGCAAAUCCUGCAGGAGUGGCCACUGGGGACAGAGCUGUGAAAACACCUGUGGCUGCAACAACAGCGAUGGGAGCUGUGAUCCCAUCACAGGCACCUGCUUCUGUGAGCCAGGAUUCACUGGGAAACACUGUGAACAGACUUGUCCAGAUGGAUUCUUUGGGCUCGACUGCCACCAGGUGUGCAAGUGCAAGAAUGCUGCUGGCUGUGACCACGUCCUGGGAACGUGCCACUGCCUCCCUGGCUGGCUGGGAGAGACCUGUGAGCAGGCCUGUCCUCCUGGUUGGUUUGGUGCAAACUGUGCACAGAAAUGUGUCUGUCACAGCCAGGCAACCUGUGACCAGGUGACAGGCGAGUGCCGGUGUCCCCAGGGUUGGACAGGGAUAGCAUGUGAGCUGGUCUGCCCCCCAGGAUUUUUUGGCAAGCAGUGCGAGGAGCAAUGUGACUGCGUGCACAGCUUGUCCUGCCACCAUCAGACUGGAGCAUGUCACUGUGAAAAGGGAUGGAGAGGGAGGCAGUGUGACAAACCUUGCUUGCCCGGCCGCUACGGCGUGGGCUGUGCCCAGCGGUGCCGCUGUCCCACGGGUACCCCCUGCCAUCACCUGACAGGAGAGUGCAGCUGUCCUCCAGGAUUCACUGGCCAUGGCUGUGAGAAAACUUGUCCACUGGGCACGUAUGGUAAGAACUGUAACCAAGUCUGUCAGUGCUCUGCUGAGAAUGAGGAAUGUCACCCGGUGACCGGCGAGUGCCUGUGCCGCCCGGGCUACCACGGGACCCACUGCCACCUCCCUUGCCCUGAAGACCGAUAUGGGAAGGACUGCUCCCUGUUCUGUGCAUGCGGUAAAGGUCGGUGUGACCCACAGACUGGCAAGUGUACCUGUCCUCCUGGCCAAAUGGGACCCGGCUGUCAGCAAGUGUGUCCCCAGGGACGAUAUGGCCCCAGCUGCCAACUGACAUGUACCUGUCAGAAUGGUGGCAUCUGUGACCACGUGGAUGGCAACUGCACCUGUGGGCUCGGCUGGACAGGGAGAUCAUCAGAAUGUCUCCCAGGAAAGUAUGGGUCUGGCUGCAGCUUGGACUGCUCCUGCCAGCACAACGGCACCUGCGACAGGUUCACGGGCUGCUGCCGGUGCCCCGAGGGCUACUACGGCCACUCCUGUCAGCACAGGAACGUAGCUGAGAAUACAGAGGAUUUUAAAGGGACGUAUGUUUUUGCUUCGGGAACCUUCCUCAACUGA